AUGACAAUUCACAAACCGACCCCGUCGGUCCCCAUCCCUCCCCCGGCCAAGCCUCAUCUUGUUUCAAGAACCGUCGCUGUCAUCGGUGCCGGCGCCGCCGGCCUCUCUACCGCCUUGGAACUUCGCAAAGAAGGCCAUACCGUCGUCGUCUACGAGCGGGCAACCCAGAUUGGGGGGACCUGGGCCUACACACCCGAAACAGAGGCCGACACCCGAAACAGAGGCCGACCUAAUGGGAGUCGAUCCGACCCGGAAAGUCAUCCACUCCAGCCUCUACGCCUCGCUGCGGACGAACCUGCCCCGGGAGGUCAUGGGCUUCCGGGCCUACCCGUUCGUGGCGAGCGCCAAGCCCGGGAGAGAUCCGAGGAGGUUUCCGGGUCACGGUUCGGGAGUGAGGUGUCGCAUGUGGGGUUGGCCGAGGGUCGGAAAUGGUCGGUGAGAUCGAUAAUUGGGAAUGGGGAAGACGGAUACGAUGAGGUGUACGACGCCGUGGUAGUCUGCAACGGGCAUUAUACGGAGCCCCGUGUUGCAGAUAUACCUGGAAUUGAUGAGUGGCCAGGGAAACAGAUUCAUAGCCACAACUAUCGCGUUCCUGAUCCCUUUCAUAAUCAAGUUGUCGUGCUAAUUGGGAGUUCAGCAAGUGCUGAUGAUAUCUCCCGUGAUAUUGCUAAAGUUGCCAAAGAAGUACAUAUUGCAUCUCGAUCAUUCCAGACUCUAGAUACUGGAAAAUUGUCUGGGCACGAUAAAAUUUGGCUACAUCCCAUGAUCGAAAGAGUUCAUAAAGAUGGUACAGUCACUUUCCAAGAUGGAAAUGCAAUCUAUGCAGAAGUGAUCCUUCACUGCACCGGGUACAAGUAUCAUUUUCCUUUUCUUGAAACAAAUGGCAUCGUGACUGUGGAAGACAAUCGUGUGGGCCCACUUUAUAAACACAUUAUCCCUCCCACCUUUGCGCCAUGGCUUUCAUUUGUUGGCUUGCCAUGGAAGGUUGUACCUUUUCCCUUGUUUGAAUUCCAGAGCAAAUAG